AUGCCGUGUCCUCACACCCUCGAUCCCGGGCUGAGCUGGCUGUCCCCCAUGUGGAGCUGCCGCCGGUUCAGAGGGCCGAUGUCAGAGGAGCGCGGCGGGCAGGAGCGGCCGGAGAGUCGUGAAGAAGAUGACAGAAAAGUAAGGAGGAGAGAAAAAAAUCGAGUUGCUGCACAGAGGAGCCGGAAGAAGCAAACUCAGAAAGCAGAUAAACUUCAUGAGGAAUAUGAGUCUCUUGAGCAAGAAAAUACCUCCCUGAAAAGAGAAAUUGGAAAGCUAACAGAUGAAAUGAAACACUUGAGUGAAGUGUUGAAGGAUCAUGAAAAGAUCUGUCCACUAUUGCACUGCACCAUGAACUUUGUGACCAUACCAAGGCCUGAUCCACUUGCCAGCUGCCUACCAAGAUGAGUGCUGUCCUUAAUCACCUGUCAAUGUGAUGUGUGAAAGUGUCAUUAACAGGAGGUUUGACGAACUGCCUAGUGUGCAGUUCUUCCAUCUAAGAGGGCUGGACUCGACCACACAGCUCUACUCCACAUUGAAAUGUUACAGUCUUCUGAAUCUCAGGAAAACACCAGUAUGGAAAAAAAGACAAUUUGAACAGCAGCUUCUAACUUGGUAGACUCUUCAAGCCAUGGUUUUGCCUUUGGAAAUGUCGAAGUGCCAUGCAGCCCACUAUGGAGCGAUGGAAUGUAGACAGGGAAAAGUACCGACCUCAGACUGGGAUGCCUUUCUCCCACACAUCCACUGCCAGUAACCCUUUUUCACUUGUCACCUAUGCAUGUCAUGAUCUGGCUGCUGGGUUUUAUCUCUCUAAACAGGUUUGGUUAAUAAAAGCGAUGUCUCAUCUCUAUAAUGUUCUCCACCUUCUUCAAUAAUCAAUGUCUUUAUAGCAUCUCUGCUUUUCAUUUGCUGGUCAAUGCCAAAGUCUAGUGGUAAUCUUCCUCUUAGUUGUUCUAUUAUUUACUUAUCGCCUCUUCAUUGGUUCCUCUUUUGAAGUGUGUGUAACAAAACAGUUUUCUUAGUCUUUAAUAUUCCAAAUCAUCAGCCAUGCUGGCAUUAGUCCUUGGAGUGUUUUAUAUCCUAAAAUAUGUCCUGGUCAGUUUCUGAUGGUGAUUGUCUGCUCUGUGUAGAAGAAAAGCAAACAAGGUUUGAUGGUUCUAAACAUUGUUUUAAAAAGCAGAUUUUACAAUUUACUCUUUUAAUGCACCCACUGGAAAUGAAAAAGUAUCUUCAUCCUUCCUUCAUCUUGCUUAUUGCCUCUGGAAGAUUAUGUCUGUGGAUUGAGUUUUGCUAAGCAUUUUGUUUUAUGUCCACACUGAAGGUGUUUGAUAAUUGCUUGAAAGAAAAGCAUUCUGUUUUCUUUUUCUUUUUAGUUACAUAAAGGAAGUAUGAUUGCAAUGUUAUUGAGAAAUACACAGAAAAAUGUGUUUACUUUCUCUGAAGAUUCUUAAUAGUGUCAACCUCUUGAAAUGUGGAUUCUGUGGCUUGGGAUCCAGCAAAGAGUCUUUUUCUCACAGUAUUUCACAGUCAAAGAACACCUUUGGAUA